GAAUACAAAUGCAAAAUUAAGACAUUUAUUUAUGUAUUUAUACGUAUUUUAUUGAAACUAUGCAAAAACUUAUCUCCCUAUUAUUGAUUUGUUUCUUUCUUUAUAUUGAAAGAAUCUAUGCUUCUGGUCGUACUAUACAUUAUCAUGUUCCCAAAGUAAUACUUCUUUCUCUUGAUGGAUUUCGUUAUGAUUACUUUGAUAUGGCUGAGAAAAGAAGUGUAAACAUGUCAGCAUUUGAAAAGAUUAAAAAUCGAGGAAUUUAUGUAAAACGUAUACAAAAUGAAUUUCCUACUUUAACAUUCCCAUCACAUUUUUCAAUGGUAACAGGCAUGCAUCCUGAAAGUCAUGGAAUAGUAGAUAAUGUGUUUUAUGAUCCAACUAUUAAUGCAACAUUCUCAUCAAAAAAUCAGUCUACAGCAUCAGAUUCUAGAUUCUAUGAUGUUGGAGCUGAACCGAUUUGGGUAACGAACCAGUUUGAUGGUCAUAAAAGUGGAGUGGCUUUCUGGAUUGGAAGUGAGGCGAAAAUCAAAGGCCAGAGACCAACUCAUUAUCUAGCACCCUACAAUGAAAACAUUACAUUCAAUCAGCGAAUUGAUAUUUUGAUGGGUUGGUUUGAACAUGAAAAUAUUAACCUCGGUCUUAUGUAUUAUCAUCAACCUGAUAAAGCAGGACAUAUUUAUGGAGCGGCAAGUGACGAGGUUUUCAAAGCUAUUGAGGAGAUAAAUCAUGGACUAGAUUAUCUCUUAACAUCGAUUGAAAACCGACCAUCACUUAGUUGCUGUCUCAAUCUGAUUUUAACAAGUGAUCAUGGAAUGACGAACGUCAGUUCAAACCGAGUUAUAUAUCUUCAUGAUUACAUAAACCCGAAUGAGUAUACAUCUGCUCCUAAGAAGUCAGCGGAAAUCUGGACACUUUGGCCAAGACAAGGACAUACUGCGAUAUCAUUAUACAACAAAUUGAAAGACCGACACUUCAGAUUAAAUGUUUAUUUGAAGGAGGAACUACCAACACGUUUAUUUUAUGGUUCAAGUGAUCGAGUUGGUCCUGUUGUUGUAUAUGCAGACAUUGGAUGGACGAUUAUUGCUGACAGAAAUUCUGGGGUAACAUUGAAAAAUAAAGGUUCUCAUGGUUAUGAUCAAGAUUACAAAGAUAUGUCUCCAUUUCUAAUGGCAAUGGGACCUCAGAUAUCUAAAAAGCAAACAACAGAAUUACAAGAAACAAUCAGAAUGAUUGAUAUUUACUCACUGGUUUGUCUUAUACUUAAGUUGAAACCUGCUCCUAAUAAUGGUAGUGUUUGUCGAGUUGCCCCAUUGGUAAUUCAUAAAAGUAUUGCCAAUGUCAACAGAUCACCUACCAUAUUCAUGAUCAAAUUUGUUAUUCUAACUAUUUUCAUGUCAUACAAUGGAUUAUAUAAUUGAAUUAACAAACAUUUCUAGUGAAUGAAUCGUUGAUGUUCUGAUAAGGAAACUUGUUUACUUGUUCCAUUUUUUUUUACCAAAAUGUAACUAAUUACAUAAUUGUCAUGUGUUAGAAAAACAAACAAACAUUUGGCUUGUUAACUAAUACUCAGAUUGUAUAAUUUUUCUCAUUCUUGAUAAGUGAUUGGUUUGUUCUAUUUGCAGUGUUUAUUUUUCCUGACAUUUUAAUGUAUGCAUUCUUAUAUGAAAUGGUGUAAAACAUUGUAAAACAUAAUCAAUAUUGUGAUGAUUGUAUUAAUCUGUAAUGUUGUUGUACAUUGUUAUUCUGUAAAAUGUGAUAACAUCCCUUUGAUACAUCAUGAUGUACUUACUUACUACUUAUAGGCGUAAUUAAGUAGUAAGUAAGUAUAUCUUGAUGCACCUAUUCAUCUUUAAUCCACCAUCAUAGUUACAAGUAUGACUGUAAUAACUUUUACUUAACAAUAUUAAAUAGAGUGUGAACAUGUGAUAUGAAUCUAAUGAAAUAAAAUGAAUCCAUUAAUUAUUUAGAAACUAA